CAGAAACUUCACCGGCGCGUCGUUUCACCACCGGAUUUUCCUCAUGAGUCGCCGUGGAGGUCAUGUUCACUUUUCACUCGGGCUGUCGCUUCUGCUUGGCUGGGGGCUCUCCUUUGCCAGGGUGAACUAUUGGCAGAAGCAGUGGGAUGCGAGCAACGUCUACAAGGAGUUUGAGAAGAGACGGAUCCGGAAGUUCACGGAAGCAGGAUACCAUGUGGGACACGUCACCCAUCAGGAAGGUGUGCAGCUGGGCAAGGACGGCGAGAACCUUGCAGUUGACCCCAAAGCCAUGGAACAACUCGCCAAAGAACCAGUGGUUUUGAGGUUAGACAGAUCCGGACGAGCCAUCAAGGAGGGAGACAAAGUCGAUGGGUUCAUGCCCUGGUCAUUGAAAGAUAGUCAAGGAUUACACUCCGCCCAGGCACCGAAAGGUUGGGAGGACUUUUAUGCCAGAUACGGCAAAAUGGACAAGGGUGUCGAGGGCACCUUGGGCCCAAGAGCCCUCACUGAGCUCCAGUCCAACCUGGCACAAUACGAUGGCAAGGACGACUUCCGCGUGAUCCGGACCUUGUCAUGGGCAGGUGGUGUAGAUGGUGGUGGACCUACAUCUAUCAUGUUAAUCGGCAUGGGCGACAUGUCCACGCGCUCGGCACGUCUGGCGGCACGAGCUGUGUACGAGGUCCAACCCUCCGGCUUGAUGGUGGAGCUUUGCCGCGAGCGCAUUGGCAAGCAGUUGGUGAUGCCGCGCGAGCAUAAGGAGGCCGUGGCCAACUAUGCUCGUGGUUUCGCCACCACAAAUCCUCAUCGACACCAUGCCUGGCUGCAUCAUUUAGACAACAUUCAGGGUGAUGCGGAGGCCUUAAACCAAUGGACCAAGGGCCAACCUUAUGGUGAUGCUGUUCAAGAAUUCGCUUCUCAACCACCUGGCCCCAUUCCGCGACUCUUGUGUCUGGGAGAUGUUCGCAGCUCCACCAUGGAACGCCUUCAACGUGAGUAUGGCAACGAAUCCAUGACGCAGGAGUCCACACGUUCCUCUCGCGCUAGGCAAAUGGCGCGAGGAAUCAUCUCCAUGGCUGCUGGUGGCCACAAGGUGAUUUUGGCCCUUAUGGACACCGACCAUCUGGGACCUGUGAGCUCCUGGCUCGAGCGAGCGGGCGCGCGGAUGCUCGCGGUCGCAGAUGCCUCAGACAUUGAGAGCAAUCGCGAGAGCCUCAAUGCCGAUAUCAAGCUAGGGCUUCAAAGGGAUAAGGGCUCCCCGCAGGAAGCUCAACUCCAGGCCUCCAAGGUCCUUGCACAGGCAAAGUAUGCCCUGGAAUUGGACUCGCCAGUCCCAUUGGGUUUCUUUCUCAAUGAGGAGGGCAUCCAAUUUCUCGAGCAUCGCAAGCGCCGGCUUCUGCAGUUGACUCGCUUGAAAGACCUUGUCCGACACACGAAGAAGAGAAAGAACUGGGAGACAGCAGAAGAGCUCUAUGUGGUAUUACCGGGAGAUAAGAUUCCUGGGCCUGAGAGCAACUUACCAGGUCAAGAGCCAGUGGGCCUUCGCUUUGAGAUGGACCGCCUGGAGAUUCCGGAUCAUUACCUUCGGGACGCUGGCAUGGAAUCUUACGCAGACGAUCUCUGGCAGAACCUCCUCGCCAGUGGCCAGGCAGCUGAAGCAAAGGAUCCAGCUGAACUCACCUGGUGGGCAGCUGGUGCCAUUGAUGUGGAGGCAGAAAACAUGCAAGAGAUGGCCUGGGAAUACCAAUGAAAAUUAAA